AUGGAUUAUAAUAAUGAUAAUAUGAAAAGAUAUGGAGACGACGAAGAGGCACCGCAAGUGAAACGUACGAGAAAUGACGAUUAUCAAGAGUAUCCAGCAUACGUGAGUGGUAGAAAGCCUUCUUUUGGAGGCAAUCAAGGCUCUGGAGUCGGUAAACUACAUUAUGGGCCUUCUCGGCCUGGAAAUGUCCCUUCGUCCUCAGGAGCUGCCGGCAACACAGCUGCCACCGGGGAUCGUCAGGAAGCAGACCAAUUACAGGAUGCUUUGAUAUCGUGUGGUAUUCAAUUAAAAGAAGAAGAGCUAAACCUUUCCACGUCCUAUUAUGAUCCAGCAUCUCUAAAUACCUUUGCACUUUCAUCUGAAGAUCGAUCGAAGAAAUGCGACUUUUUAAAUUCAUACACCUUGAUGCAAACAGUCAGCAGUAUUGUAAAUUUGCAUCGAUUGAAGAGUAUGGAUACAGAUAUUCACGCGCUCAUCUCUAUGGCAGUACGCGAUUACAUGGCCAAUUUGUUACAGAGAAUGAUUGUCGAAAGCAAUCAUCGUACUGCUCGAAUUGAUACGAAAAAUAAUUUACAACUUGAUAAUGUUCGCCAAACAUUAGCGAAUUCUGCUUACAAGGAAUACGAAAGUGAAGAGCGAAGACGUGCUGUCUUGAAUGUCCGUCGAGCUGAACAUGAAGCUAGACUUGCCGAGUUAAAUACAAAUCCAAAUAGUGAAGAAGGGUCUUCCAGCCGACGUAGAAAAGAGCAAAGCUCUUCGGCUGCCGCAAAAAAUAUCUCAGAAGAUGCCCAGAACAGAAUGACGAAUGCCACCGCUAGUAUUAUGGCAGGAAGUGCCUUACCUUCUGGUGGUAAGAAAUACUCUUGGAUGGCCACAGACAUAACUCCGGCUGCCCCUGCCAUAGGAGGUGGUUUUGGAAUUCGAAAAAAGGAAAACAACACUCAUAAAAUGAUGGCUCGUGAUGGUACAUUACCUAUUCAAACCGAAGAGAAAGGCGUCAUUAGCAUUCGCGAUGCACUUGCCAUUCUCGAAAUGGAUCGUGAUGGUGCUGGUCGCAUCUUCGGAAGAGGAGCUCGAGCGAUGAUGCGAGCAUACAUUCGUCUAAAGGACUAG